UUAUAAUUUAAAGAAAAAGAACAAAGGGUCCUUUUCCUUUCUUCUCCUCCUCCUUCAUCUUCCUUGUUGUCGCUGUUCUUCUUCCCCUUCUUCCCUUUGCCUCCAAUCCAAUCCAACCCUGCGAGACGUAAUCGAGCAGAGUGCAGUUGAGUUCUGCAACAACAGGAAGGAGCAAUUGCGGCGGGGACCAUGAAGCCUAAGAAGAGGAAGGGUCGUCCCCCCAAAAGCCCAAUCCCCAACCCUAAUUAUUCCGACAACGACGACGACGACCGCAAGGAGAAGAAGCUCAAAUUGGUCGUCCGCCUCCCUCAAGUCGAUCACAGUAGCAGGCCUUCCGCCUCCCCUUCCGACUCGGAGGAUAACCAGAUAAAUGCGAAGAAGCGCAAGAUCAAUGCCGUUGAUGCCGGAUCUGACGACUCUGCUUCCCCUCAGGAGAAAAUUGCUUCGAAAGCGACGGGUACACCUCUUCUACAUGGGGAGACUGGUCCCACAACACCUUUGCCAGACAAAAAGUUGCUGGUCUUCAUUCUUGACAGGCUUCAAAAGAAGGACACUCAUGGAGUAUUUUCUCAGCCUGUGGAUCUCAAUGAGCUCCCUGAUUAUUUAGAUUAUGUGGAGAAACCUAUGGAUUUUGGGACUAUAAGGAAGAAUAUUGAUGGCAGAGCUUAUAAAUGCUUGGAAGAAUUGGAGGCUGAUGUGGAUUUACUUUGUUCGAAUGCCAUGACAUACAAUGCUGCAAACACCGUCUUCUAUAGGCAGGCACGAUCCAUUCAAGAACUUGCAAAGAAAGAUUUCGAAAAUCUGAAGAAUGAAGGCAAAAAUGGCGAACCACAGCUCAAAGUUGUCCGGAGAGGCAGACCCCCGAGCAACAAAAACUCAAAGAAACCAGAAAGCUCCCCAGCAAACAGUAUUCGCCCUGAGCUUUCAUCGGAUGUAACUCCUCCCGUUGGAGAAGACAAAGCCACUGGUUCUGGUUCGAACACUUAUAACCUAAGAAAAGCACCGGCAGUAAAUAGGUUUCGAUCAGGCGAUCAUUACUUCUUCCCUUAUCAGUCAAGAAAUGGCGAGAACAACUCUCAAAACUCAGGUGGCUGGAACGACGAAUUUCCAGCUUCCAUUUUAAGGGCUGAUAUGAAAUACGGUAAAAAACAGUUCACGGUGGAUGAAACUAAGCGUGAUACGUACACGCCUGUACACACCACACCUGCCAUUAAUUCAUCCAUUCUUGCUAUCUCUUCCGGAGAUGCGCCUAGAUUAGUGCCCGUCGGUCUUCAAGAUCCCCUUUCUUACGCAAGAAGCCUGGCUAGAUAUGGAGCGGGACUUGGACCCGUAGCUUGGAAAAUUGUAUCGAAGAAACUAGAGCAAAUCUUACCUCCUGGCGUACAAUUCGGUCCUGGAUGGGUGGGCGACGAUCCAGCACCUUCGCAGCCAUUUUCAUUUUCGUCAAACAGCUCUGCUGGCGAUGGCAAUGGUAAUCAAAACAAGCCUGUGACGCCCUCGACUUCUGAUUUAAGCUCAGCUGUUGUUGCACAUGGUCUCGCCAUGGAAGGAAUGACAGAAGCUGCAGGGAAACUCAAAAGCCAGCAUGAUCCAAGUUCUUCGUGGAGAACCACGGCUCCAUUCUCGAUUCAGCAGAAACCUGCAGUGCCUCAGCGAAACGGUUUCACAUCUACUUCUGCCAUGGCAACAGCUCAAGAUUCCGAACCACUCCUCAUAUCAAGAAAGGAUCAGCACAACCCUUGUUCGUCUUCGAGCCAGAGCCAUCAUCAAUAUCAUUCGAACCCUCAGCGCCACGAGCAGAAUUAUUCUUGCGAGUUUGGAAAUUCGAAAGAAAGAGUAGUCGGUGGAUAUAACAACAACAACGAUGACGACAACGACGAUGACGGAAUGAUUCGAAUGCAAGAAAGAGGAAAAUCAGCAGCAGAAUGCAAUGGUGAAGAUUAUUCAGCAGGAGCUAUAGGAGGCUUACAUUGGAAUCUACUAUUGCUGCAACAGCAACAACAACAACAGCAGCAAUGGGGCGGCGGCAAUGGCAGUGGCAGUAGCGCCGGCGGCGGCGCUAACAUUUCUUCUUUGCCGGAGAACAUGAAUAUUAUCGGAAUUCCGGUUGCAGCAGGCGGCGGCGGCGGCGGAGGAGCGUCGCCAUCAUCUCACCAGCCAGAUUUAGCAUUGCAGCUCUAGAAAAAUAUGGAAAUUAAGGUCAGAAAGAUACACUUACUUACUGACUACAUACUGCAUUAUAGCAUGAUUAUUAUUAAUAGUAGCAGUAAAUCAUUUUUAAAAAAAUAAUCUUUUUGUAACCCAAAAAUUUGUAGCAUCAUCCACAGGAAUGAGGUUAUUGUUUUAACUCUCUAGGAUUUAUUAAAAAAGAAAAAAAAGGCAUUCUUGAUUGGGGUA